CGUCGUUGCCAUGGAGACAGUACACAACGCUGCAUUGGUCACGUGACGAACAAAACUCGCAAAAGCUCGAACACUUUAGUUUGUACACAUUAUAAUCACCACACUGUUGAAAAGCAAUAGCAGUGAAGCAGACUGAUGCAAUGCUGGCUAAUAUUUCAAGAAACCCUCUGAACAAUGGGAUUCAGAACAGACAUGGCAUGCAUGGAAAGUUGGAGCAAUAGGAGUGACAGUUCUACCUGCUGUAUUGUUGAAAAAUCUAUGGAAAAAAUGGUUUCUGGUCAACAACGAUUCAAGGGGUCUCCAAGAAAAUCAUCCAGACACAGCUGUUUCUUAGGAGUGGAGACCUUGCCAGAGAUGGUCUGGGAGGGCUGGGAGCUGGGAAAAGAAUAUACCAAGGCACUUAAUCUGAAAAAUGUGAAUGAAAAACUUCAGAAACUCAGAUUUAGACCUCCAGAGUCCAAAGUCUUUACCACAUUAUUUCCGCAGACCAUCACUAUUAGUCCUGGGAUGUCCUUUUCUCUGCCAAUCACUUUCCAUUCUCUUCAUGAGUGUGAGUAUUCAGACAGUAUUGAAUUCCAGUGUAAGGAAGGGACAUUUAAAGUAAACCUGCGUGCAGUGAUGCUACAUCAUUCAUUGGAGCUUCCUGAUUCAGUGCAGCUUCCGUUGUGUGCCGUCCAUCACAGCACAAACACCAGCUUUCUCUUCUGCAAUGCCAGUAAGCUGCAGACCUGUUUCCAGUGGGUGGUGGAGCCACCAUUCCAUCUCUCCCCAGCGAGUGGGGUUUUGGAGCCAGGACAGCAGCGCAGAGUCUCUGUAACUUUCAAACCACAGCAAGCACUGGUAUACCAAAGAGAGGCCACCUGCACAUUCGGGAAGGAAGGAGAAAACACAUGCACAAUGUUAUUGAAAGGACUGGCCAAGUACCCAUACCUACAAAUCAAGUCUCUUGGCCAGGAAGAAGGUGGUAGACUACUCCAAUUUGGCAGUGUAGCAAUUGGAAGCUGUUUAGAAAAACAUUUUGAGAUCUACAACCCUUCUUCAGUGUUGACUUCCUUCUCUCUGACUCAUGUGAAACGGCCGGCUCUUAUGGAGUCUGUGUUCCAGUGUGAUGUGCAGGAAGGGCAAGUGUCUCCGUGCUCAGUACUGAAAGUGUCCGUUCGUUUUACUCCACUUACUGUGGACAGCACCAGCGUAGACUACUUCCGCCUCAGCUGCCCUGGGGGAAACAGCACAGAUGUGCUUGAAGUCACCGGCUCAUGUAUAGGUCCAGUAGUUACUUUAAGCUCCUCUGUGGUGGAUUUUGGCUGUGUGGAAGAGGGAGAAGAAGCCAUGCAUAUUAUUCAUAUCAUAAACUCUUCUACUGUCCAGGCUUAUUACCAAUUUGACUUGGACCCUAGCAAUCAUAGUGUGUUCACACUUGACCAACCUAUUGGGACUCUGCCAGCCAAGGAAAGCAUCCUUCUGCGUUUAAGUUUCCGCCCCCAUCAUCCUAUCGCCUAUCACAAGAGAGCAGUGUGCCUUAUACUGCACAGGGAACCACUUUUGUUGGACUUGAUUGGCACCUGUCACUCAGAACAGCUUAAGCCAGCCAUCUUACAACCCAGACAUCUGCAUGUGUACAGAAAAAAUCUGCUUCGUGGUCUAACCUGUUACCCUCCAGAUAUACUCAGUGCCAUGCUGGCUGAGCAUAAACUGCAACAGGAUGAAAGUGGGGCAUUAUUAUUUCAAAAGGACUCAUCAGAGGACACCGCUUUGUCCAGGCCUCCUCUAUCCCUAGGGACCAUGAUGGAAGAAUAUUUCCACAUGAACUUGACAGAUAAAACAAGAGAACAUCCUGAUGUGAAUGGAAAUCCUGAAUGUUUCCCCCUGGCCCAUGUCACAGUUGAGCCAUCUGAACUGCUUUUUUACUCAGGGCCCUCAUCUCAAUCCGUCACCCUCACCAACCACACCAAAGGCGAACUCAGCCUGCUGUGGACCCCUGUUCCUGACUCACCCUUUUCCAUCACCCCUCUCACAUGUGACCUACGUCCUCUAAAGUCCACUGACUUCAUAGUGACAUACGCACCCAAACAGCACAAUGUCUACCAUGUAGCACAGCUUGAGUGUUUCACUCUCUACAAGAUUUUGCAGGAUUAUCAGCAAACAGAAGACAGAACUCUAUGCCCUCCCUGGUGUCUCACAGUUAGGGUUACUGCUCACUCAUUUCAGCCUGGAAAUGAACACUUCAUCCCUUGCUUUUCUCUGCAGCCAUCCCUUGUGAUGUUUCCAGCUUUGAAUCUGGUCUCCUACAGGAGUGUUCUGCUGCAGAACACAGGAAACCUUCCUCUUAUCUUUAACUUGACUACAAAGGACUUUCCUGGUGUAUCUGUAUUGCCCCCUAGUGGCUUGGUAUCACCAGGCAGCCACCAGAUCCUCAUUCUCCGAUCUACUCCUGCUGAAGACAACCCUAGCUCUGUACCUCUGACCCUGCAGCUCAAUGCCAGUCCCAAACACUCACAGGAGCUAAGCAUGGUGUGUGUGGCGGAGAGGCCACGCAUUACUUUGGAUGGUGAUGGAAGCUUGUUUUUCAGGCCCACAGCACUAGGCUCCUGCUCCAAGGCAUCUCUGAGCAUCAAGAACUUUAGCAGAGUAGCAUUGCACUUUCACUGGAGGAUCUGUGAAUCAGAUCGUAGAGUUCUCUCUGUACAACCACAUGCAGGUGUGCUGCAGCCCAAUGAAUCCCAGGUCCAGACAUGGUCCUUCACUCCAGUGGAGGAGAUAACGUACAAUAUGAAGCCUAGUCUAAUUUUCUGGCCCAUUCAGAACCCAGAGUAUAAAAGGUCCAGACUCUCUCUUAAAGUUGUGGGAUUGUCUACCAAAGGUUCCAUACAGGCUGGACACUCAUUUCUGGAUCUGGGUGAAGUAUUGGUUGGCAGUUGUAAGUCAUUUGAGGUUCCUCUCCUGAACCCUAGUCCAUGUGCUGUUAGCUUUUCUUUGUCUGUGCAGCAAAACAUCAGUGCUCCAGACAUUCCUGAGGGCUCACUCGAAGACCCGCUCGCUCUGCACUUGGAACGUGUGACGGGAACAAUUCCAGCUCAGUGUCAGCUGCUAAUUCGCUCCACAGUGAGACCGAUUCGCAGAGGCCGAUAUCGCUGGACCAUCUGUUAUAAAAUCCUUAAUGCUUCUGGGUUGGUGGCAGGGGAUUCUUGUUCUCUGUGUCAGGUUGAAGCAGAAGGAGUUUAUCCCACUCUGGAGGUGACAGAUGCCCGUAGCAGUGGCAGCAUGGAGGGUUUAAGUAAGCUGUAUCUCUGGAAGCUCUUCUGUCUUCACGAUCUUAAUACUUACUUGCUCAGUGAGCCAGGUCCAGCUGAGCUUACCUACAGAGUGCCCACUAGACACAGUUUCCGUCGCUGUCCACCUGUCUUAACUUCAGCCAUGUUGGAUUUUAACUUCAGCGCUGCUCCUCUGGGUGCCGACCCCUCCAACGUCCUGCUCAUGUUUGAGAAUACUGGGAAUAUCCUUGUAGAGUGGACAUUUCUGUUCCCGGAGGAUCAACAGAUUGAGCUGGAGUGCUGGGCUGAGAGUGCAGAGUUAAGCCCCACUGAGCUUCUUCAGAUGAAGGUGCAGGACAGCAGGAUGUUCUCAGUGUCUCCACGCUCUGGCAAACUGCAACCUGGCCAGCAUAGAGCAGUGCAGUUCACAUAUAGGCAUGACUUCACUGGGACAUAUCGGCUUCCUGUCCUACUGAAGCUCUCUCAUGGCAGAGAGAUUCUGCUGAAUUUUAUUGGUGUAACUGUGGAAAAGGACAGGCCCUACCUUCACUUUCCCUCUACUCGACAUGUUUUUGCUCCCGUGGCUAUCGGAGGGUUUAAUCCCCCAAAACAGGUGUAUGAGUUGUAUAAUGGAGGAGCUCAGCUACUUAGUUAUCGUGUGGACACUCUGCCGCUGCAGGAACUACAGGAGGAGAACUUUAACCAUCCUGUCCUGCAGUGUCUGAACCCAGAUGGAAAUGUGCAGCCUGGAUGCACAGCCACACUGGAGUGGAUAUUCUCUCCUCUGGAGGCUAAAACAUACAGUGUGGACAUCCUUAUUUAUGUGCUGGCGGGAGACACUGUGCUGGUGACAUUUGAAGGCUGUGGCUUUGACAAGAGAGACUCUGUUCCCCUUCAUCUUCAUGAUGGACGUCUUACUGUACCUUGCACUCAGAAAUUGCCUUUACCCGGACAGAUGGUGUUCCUUUCAGAGGAGAGAGUGUCUUUUGGUGACAUUCCAGUCAGCUCUCGGAGCACACGUAUCCUGUUUCUGACCAAUAGCUCUCACACUGACCGAGUUCUCUACUCAUGGAAACUGAGAGAUCAAGAUGUCAAACAGGCAGUGCAGAUUCAUCCAGUUAGUGGAUCUCUCUGUGCAGAGGAGAGUGUUUGCUGCAUCCUCACUAUUUCCACCUCAAGCAGCCCCACAUUCUACCAGCAAGAUCUCAUCUGUGAAAUCACAAAAGAGGCAGAUUUCGCUUGUUACCAGAGAGACCUUCAGCAAUGGGAGGAGGACAAAGAGAGAAAAAAACAUGAGUUCACCAUAACGGAGAAAGACCUGAUACAGAAAAAACCUCAAGAUAAAACAACUCAGGGAGGAAAAGCAGCCCAACUGAAAAACUCCACUAAAACUCGGAAAUUCAAGGCGCUGCCACCCAUCCGCAGUAACAGCGAUACAGUCAAGGCAGAAAAGAAAGCUCAGGAGGAAAUAGGGCUGAGACGACCAGAGCCACCUCACCCAACACUGCUUCACCUGGGAGUCACUGCACGCUCACACUCCCUGCUAGAGUACCAGGCACAAUUCUCAUCUCAGUUCAGCAAGCAUCACGUCUACAGGUGUCUCUUCAGAUCUGUGUCGUCAAAACUUCCUCAGUCUGGAUCAACUGAGAGUAAUCUCUUUACAUCAACCAUGCCUCCUCUCACCCAUGGCCCAGAGAGAGACCUUCUCAUACACACCCUCACAUCUGUGCUCAGAAGUCUCUUGGAUGAUCCUGCGUUCCACCAGGAAUUGCAGAACACCUUGAAUGAUCCAGUGCCCUAUUUCACCCAGCUUCGACCUGCUUCCCCAAGUCUGCCCACAACUUCCACUGAGACACCACAUGCAAAUUACUCAGUCUGUUUAACUGACUCUAAACCAGACACUGUGGCACAUUCUCACACACAGUCUGAGGGUGAGUGUGAGCCGCAGUCAUGUCAGGAGCUGAACCCUAAGCUCAGGGAACAGGUGCAGAAAUCCAUUCGUAGGAGUCCAGAGUUCGGUGACCUGAUGGAGGAGAUUCUGCUCAACACUCUGCAAAACCUAAUGACAGAGGCUUUCCUGGGGGAGCUGGUUCUGACGGCCCGACCACGCAGCAUCGCCUUGCCGCCAUGCUCAGCCAGGAGAAACUCUGGGAGACAAUCCAGUGGGCAUCUGGUGUGUGAGAGUGGAACGGAUCCACAUCACACCCUGGGGAACAAUCCAUAGAUGCCUUGCAUUGCUCUGCUCUCACACCUGGAGUCUCAGCACCACUGAUUUUCUCCAUAUAGGAACCAUUUUGAACUACUCAGCAUCAAUGUAUUUUCAUAUAUCACAUUCUUAAUAAAUAAAAAUGAAAAAAAAAGAAA